AUGAGUGAUGUUUUCCUGCUCGACUGCGGACUCGCGAGAUUUGUCGCGUUCUGCCUCCUUGCGGUUAGCGUUCCGAUUGUGCUAAUUCUAAUCUUCCUCCCUGCAUGGUACGGCAGAUAUACCCAGAACUAUAAGUACUAUCUGGGGUCACUUUCCGCAAGGAGCGCGUGGAUUCUGCAAGAAUGUCCCUCGUUUAUUAUUCCUUCUGUUUUUUUACUGAUGAAUCUCAGGACCGUCAAAGAGAACAUUCCUAGUGUCAUUUGCCUGUGUUUCUAUCUGUUUCACUACUUUUACCGGUCGUUCAUCUAUCCAUGGAGACUGCGUGGCGGAAAACGAACACCUACAGAGAUUUUCUUAAUGGCGUUUUUGUUCUGCGUUUUGAAUGGCUACAUCCAGGCAGCAUACCAUAUUAUACCAUGUUGCUACCGUACAUUCUCUUGGUUGUAUGAUCCGCGUUUCAUUAUCGGUGCUAUUCUUUUCGUUGUUGGUCUCUCUAUCAACUGGAACUCGGAUGCUAUUCUUCGCGGCCUUCGAGCCGACGGAUCGAGCGGUUACAAGAUCCCUCAUGGCGGGAUGUUUGAAUACGUUUCGGGAGCGAACUACUUUGGUGAAUGCCUCGAAUGGACGGGAUACGCCGUGCUGUGCUGGGAUCUCGCGGCUCUGACGUUCGCCGUGUUCACGAUCGCGAACAUCGGUCCGCGUGCGUGGCAACAUCACAAAUGGUACAAGAAAACGUUCGGUGAUGAAUAUCCUCCCCACCGAAAGGCGUUGAUCCCCUUCCUGCUUUCAUUUGUUUGUUACAAGCAUUAUGAGUGA